GCCACUCACGAUAAACUACAGAGCAAUGAAGGGUAGCAAUAUGAAGAAUGAUGAGCAGAAAUACAUCUCCUGCGCCAUCAUGGGAGACGGCAUGGUCGGCAAGACCAGCAUCUCCGAGAGCUAUGCUCAGAAAUCCUUCAAGGAGAACUAUGAAGCCACAGUGUUUGACAACUAUGUCGUUCCACUGCAGGUUGCUGGAGAGGAGUUUGUCAUCAGCAUGUUUGACACAGCAGGAAAGAAAAACUUUGAGAAUCUUCGUUCCUUCACAUACCGUGAGAGUGAAGUCCUGCUUCUGUGUUUCUCCACCUGUGACCGGGAGACGUUGGCCAGCAUCAAUGACCUGUGGAUGCCAGAACUUAAGAGACACUCCAAACAUGCCAAACAGAAGAGACCGGUCAUCCUCGUGGGCACCCAGAUUGACCUCCGGGUCGGGAAUGAAGACAGCGAGGUCAGCACGGACGAGGGUGUCCAACUGGCCAAGGACAUUGGUGCUGACUGUUAUGUGGAGUGCUCGGCUCGCGACCACAAGGGUUUGAAGGAAGUCUUUCAGCAUGUUGUCUUCUCCGCUCUGAAAUUCAGGAAGAAGAACACGAACAUUAUCAAACAGAUUUUCAGAUCGAUACAUUAAUCGAUGAAUUAACAAAUGGCGCGCUCUAUUCGAGCGAGGGUGACAUUACUUUGUGGUGCUUGAAUGUCAAUCUGAAAAGCAUGGCACCCAGUGGACAUGUGAUAGAAAUGACACCGCACAAGGUGAACAUGUAUGUGAUAAAUGAACUCUGUGAUAAGAAAUGAUCUCGGCCUGCGACGAGAAGUUAUGAUCUCGGCCUGUGAUAUGAACUUAUGAUCUCGGCCUGUGAUAUGAACUGAUGAUCUCGGCCUGUGAUAUGAAUUUAUGAUCUCGGUCUGUGAUGUGAACUGAAUUUCGGUACGUGAUAUGAUCUGUGUAACAGAACCAAUAUGCCGCCCAUUUUCAUGUUUCAUGUUAUGAAAUAAGUUUGCCUUAUGAUAAUCUUUUACCGAUUAUCGUUUAUGUUGUGUUCUCUCAUUGCCGGUGAUGUCGCGUUUCCUUUGUCAUUAUUGCCAUCAUCUCAUGUAGAUGAACCAGAGGAAAGAGAUAUCAUGUUUGUUAUGUUGUAUACAAUUGUUACACUUUUCACAAAGCUGCUGGACAGCGAAUUUCAAUAAAAUACUGACAUGAA